AUGUACUUCCAUAUUUGAAUGAUUUGAUUUGAAAUAAAAAAAGUUUUCCCCGGUAUUUUCUUGAAAGUUUUUUUUAUUUGUGGUCAUUAGGUUAUUAGCAAUAGGGCCUUGGCAUUUCGGAAAAAUCUUGGAAGUGACCGAUUUCAAAUGUCAUUUUUUGGGAAGCCGUAUUAUCAAAUAACUGGAUUUUUCUCGGUAAUUUUUCGUAAAUUAGUAUGAGUUGGAAGGGUACUAAAAAAACCUUUGAGAGGUUACCUCAAAAUAUUCGUGUAAAAACUGGACUUGGAACUGCUACUCGUGAUAUUCAAUUUGAUGAUGUUUUAAAUCGAUUCAAUGAAUUACAUACUGGAACAGAAAAAUUAUAUAAAGAUGCUAUUAAAUUUAGGGAUGGUAUUUCUCAUAUGUUGAAUCAUCAAUGUAAUACUUCUGAUAUUCUUGUAGAAUUAUAUAAUCCAAUUGUAGGUAAAAAAGAAACUGAAUCAACUGUUCGUCGAACUACAACUCCUGUUCAAUCAAUGAAAGCUGUUGAAGAAUUUAAAGACACGAUGUCUGAUUUGAGAGAUAUUCUCUUGCCUGAAUUGGAUCGUGUAGAUAAAAUGGUAGUAUUGCCUUCAAAGGAUUUUAUAGAUGUUGUUAAAUUAAUAAAGAAAACUAUUGCAAAACGAGAUCAUAAAAAAGUGGAUUUCGAUCGAUAUACAAAUAAUGUAAAAAAACUUCAAGAUAAAAAAGAUAAAUCUGCAAAUGAUGAAAAAUCAUUAAUCAAGGCGGAAGAGCAUCUUACCAAAGCAACUGAAGAAUAUGAACAUUAUAAUGAAUUAGUUAAAAAAGAGUUACCCAUUUUUUUUGAAUACAGAGCUCAUUUCAUUGAACCUGUUGUCUCUAAUUUUUAUCAUUUGCAAGUAAAAAUCUAUAGAAUUUUGUAUGAAAAAAUGGAACGUUUAAUUUCUGAUACCGGUUAUUUCGAUGUUCAAUCUGAUAUUGUAGAACAUUAUAAAGAAAGAAAAGAAGAAGUAAAUCAACAAAUAGAAACCCACUUAACUUUAUUUAAAAACAAGAAAAAAUCUAAAAAAGAAAGUCAUCAUGAUAACGAUAGUGAUGAAUUAACUGAUUCAAAGCAUUCUGAUACAAAUAAUCAUGGUAGUGAGGAAGAUGCACCACCACCUUAUUCAUCCACAACUGGUCGAAGUUCUGCAUCUAUAUCCUCAUCAAAUCCAAAACUUUAUCCUGUUCAAAAAAAGGCUCCCCCACCACUUCCGCCCCAUAAUUCAAAACCGAAAUCCGUCCAAUAUGUUAGAGCUUUAUAUGAUUAUGAAGCACAAGCAGAAGGUGAUUUAUCAUUUAAAAAAGGUGAUAAGAUUGAAGUUAUUACCCGGAAAGAUGAUGUAAAUGAGUGGUGGAAGGGAAAGCUGAAUGGUAAAAUCGGUGAUUUUCCAGGAAAUUAUGUUGAAGAUUGGUGAUCAUUAUAUGCUUACUUAUUUUUUGGGGGUUAUUUGUUAUUAUAAAUGAGUUAUUGUUAUUUUAAACGAGUUAUUAUAAAUUAUAAAAAGGACAUUGUACUUAAAUUAAAAUGUAUUAUAAAUUAAAGUUUGAAAUUAAUUAAGCGUAUUGAUGUUUAUACUCUUUUGAAACAAAACAUAUUUGGUAACAUAUUGCCAAAUGAAUACGAACUGUCGGAAUUAAUCCGUUUUCUGUCAAAUGGUCCUGUAGAUAAUAAUAAGUGUAACAACUCUCUAUGUUUCAUUUUUAAACAAUAAAUCGGUUUAAAGUCUAGAUUAUUAUUAACAAUCAAGUAUCUUUGAACCCUA